AUGUCCGAUCAAGCCGCUGCGGAUGCUCUCAAGCUCAAGGGCAACGAAGCCUACAAGGCGCGUGACUUUGACAAGGCCGUCGAGCUGUACGACCAGGCAUGGAACACCCACAAGGACAUCACCUACCUCAACAACCUUGCCGGUAAGCCACCCCCCCCCCCCCCUUAUCCCGGCGUCGAGAGCGGCUCUCUUGUCUCUUUCUCCUCUCCCAGGCUAGACUUGCCCGCUCACGAUUUGCACGACCUCACUCCUUUCACAGCCGUCUACUUUGAACAGGCCGACUACGACAAGUGCAUUCAGACGUGCGAAAAGGCCGUCGACGAAGGCCGGGACAUGAGGGCCGACUACAAGCUCAUUGCAAAGUCAGUCACCGACCCGACCCCACUUGCCUACCUUUUUGUGAUCGAGAGUCUGAUCCACCCCUGUCCUUCCCCACCAUAGAGCUUUCGGUCGAAUUGGAACUGCCUACCUCAAGAAGGACGAUUUUAACAACGCCAUCAAAUUUUUCAACAAGUCCUUGACCGAGCACCGAACCCCUGACAUCCUCGCCAAGCUCAAGGAUGUACGUACCCACCUCAGCACCUUUCACGAUCGACCUCGAAGCAUUCGGGAAGACCGGCUACUUACUCUAAUCUUGGUCUCGUUCGGGGUUCUGCAGGCCGAGAAGACCAAGGCCGAACGAGAGCGCCUGGCGUACAUCGACCCCGAGAAAGCCGACGCCGCGCGAGAGCUCGGCAACACUGCGUUCAAGGUGGGCGCUCCGCUCUCUCCCUUUAUCUGUGUAUUGCCCAACGAGGUGCUGAUAAAGGUCGCCCAAACCCACAGUCCGGCGAUUUUGCUGGCUCGGUAGCUCACUACGCCGAAUCGAUCAAACGCAACCCGUCCGAUGCUCGAGGGUACACGAACCGCGCCGCCGCCUUGACCAAACUCUUAGCCUUGCCCGAAGCUUUGAAGGAUGCGGAGAAGGCCAUCGAGGUCCAGCCUGACUUUGGUGAGUCGACACCGACCUUUCAGGUCUUCAAGUCGAAGAGAACUUUGCUGACUCUUGUUGCUAUCCCGACGAUCACGCAGUCAAGGGCUACAUUCGCAAAUCUCACGUCCUGUUCGCCAUGAAGGAAUACAGCAAAGCCCUGGCAGCGAUCGAGCAGGUGAGCAACGCCAUAUUCCCGAUGGCGGUCCCUGCAUGCUCGGUCGAGAAGCUGAUAAUCGACCUCUCUCUCGUGUCGUGCUGCCUACCAGGCCGAUGCAAAGGACGUCGAUCGAAAGCACACUACCGAGAUCGCAUCCCAAUUCCGCAAGGUCAACAUCGCCGAUGCGCAAUCCCGAGCGGGCGAAACGGACGAGCAGACGUACGCGCGAGCGAUGCGCGACCCGGAGAUCCAGAGCAUCAUGUCCGACCCGGCGUUCCAGAUGAUCUUGCAGCAGGCGCAGAACGACCCGCCCAGUUUGCAGGCGCAUAUGCAGAGGAACGAGGACGUCAGGCUCAAGGUCGAGAAGCUGGUCAGGGCUGGGAUCAUAAAGACCGGGACGCGUUAG